CAGAAAAUCAAAGAAACAAGAUGAGCCUAGGGAACCCAAAGGGAAUUACCAAAAGUUGAAGAAUCUGAAUUCUGAAUUGACACCUCAACUUCCUUUACUUUGCUUCCCUUUCCAUCUAAGCCCCCUUAUUUUACACUCCUCUUUUCCAACAACAAAAGAGCAAAACAAGGCAAAAACACUUGAUGGGGUCCUUUCUUUUGCUUUCCUAGUUUGAGAAAAAUGGAAGCGUUCUUGAUUCUGUGUACAAGUAGUUAGGCUAUAUUGCAUAGGUUUUUGUGAGAAUGGGAUCUGUUGGCAAUACAAAUCCAUGGGCACCUUAUGAUAGUUAUAAAGAUUGUUCACAAGGGAUUUGUAGUGUGUAUUGUCCACAAUGGUGUUACUUUCUUUUACCUCCUCCUCCUCCUGAUGAUGAUGAUUCAUCAGAUGAUUCUGCCACAGCUUUCUCCCCUCUUAUCAUAGCGAUCAUCGGUAUAUUAGCAAGUGCUUUCCUUCUUGUUAGCUACUAUACCAUCAUCAAUAAAUAUUGCAGGAGGAGGAGAAGCAGAAAUGCAGCCACAGAGAUGGAAGCCAAUCGAAAUGAGACGCCUCAAGAUCAGUGGCAACUUGCUACUGCUGGAUUGGAUGAGUCUACUAUUAAGGCUAUUACAGUGUACAAGUUCAAGAAAGGUGAAGGAUUGGUUGAGGACACUGAAUGUGCUGUUUGUUUGAGUGAGUUUCAAGAAGAUGAGAACCUUAGGCUUUUGCCUAAAUGCAGCCAUGCUUUUCACCUACCUUGUAUUGAUACUUGGUUGAAAUCUCAUUCUAAUUGCCCUCUUUGUAGGGCUAAUGUAGUAUCUCAUCCUAGUAGUACUCCAUCAUUGCCUCCUCCUAUUCCUUCACCAAUGAGCAUAAAUGCUCUUCAAUUUCAAAGACAAAAUGACUUGAUCUUGGUGGUGGAUCAUGAUCACGAACAAGUCCAUCGCGAUGAAGUUGUUGUUAGCCUUGUUUGUGAGAAUUCUGAAUUCAGUGGCAAUAACAGAAUUGGAAAUGAGCAAGUGGGGGCUAAUGAAUUCAGAAGAUCAAUAUCUUUAGGUGAAUUUUCAAGGCAACAACUUGUAGUAGCUGAUAUGCAAUCAGUUUCCAUGAAUAGAUCUGUUUCCACAGGAAGAUUCAUGUUCGCAGGACAGAAUAAAGGCAAGGAUUCUAUUAUUCUUUCUUGAAAGUUGAAACAUAUUUUAUAGUCUUGGUUGAAACUCUGUAAAUUCUUGAAGUAUACCAACACAUCACAGGAAAUUAAUGAAUUCUGAUUUUUCUUCA